AGUUCUUACCCAUGAUCCGAAUACGGCAUUCCUAAUUUCUCUACAAGCCUCCGACCGCAUUUCACCAUGGUUCGUAUCUUAUCGGUGCUUCUUCUGUCGAGCGUAGUUGCACUAGUGAGCGUCACCGAGGUGACUGCAAAGCUGCCAGUUAUCUUCUUCCAUGGUGUACUAACAAACUGGGAGUUCGGGCACAAUUUCGCCAAGAAUCUCACCGCCGAAGGUCGUGAAGUCGUUGCACUCUCAUUCUGUGGACGUCAGUGUUCCAUCGGGUCCCUCAUAACUCAGACCCCUCAGGCAGUCAAGGCCGUCCGUGCUGCGGUAACCAACAAUUUUGCUUUCGACGACGGCUAUAUCGUCAUCGGACAUUCUCUUGGUGGACUACUCGCUCGCGCUGCAAUCGAGGAAAUGAACAACCACAAGGCCAAGCGAUCCAUCAGUCUGGCAGGACUGCAAAACGGCCAAUUCCUCGGACCCAACGCCAUUGAAAUGGCCAUUGAAUAUGGAGCUCGUCCCCUCACCAGCAUUGUCCCUGAACGUGUGUUCAACUACAGCAAGUACGAACCAGAAGACUGCUACGGCAAGAUGCAGAAGGAUUUCACGAUCUUCUCCAUCGAAAACCCAGACACGCAGCUCGAGUACGCACAGUUCAACGUCCAGCGUUGGCCGCAGUUCGGGAGUUGGUCCACCACCAACCAGUUCCUACCCGUGUACAAUAACGUGAACCCGUGUCUCCCAGGCAACGAUCAGAGCAUCGGCGACCAGCACCGCCGCAAGACUAACUUCAUCAAACUGGAGGAAGCGCACUUCUUCGCUUCACCUGUGGACGACGCCAUUAUGCCAUGGGAGAGCUGUAUUUUCGGACGCUACACCGAGGUGGACACGCUCGAGGAGAUCGAGACGGCCUUCAUAAACAGGACGGUGAUUAACAUGAAGGAUACACUCGAGUACAGAGAUGACACCUUUGGACUGCGUACGCUGGAUGAACGUGGUGGACUUCACCUUCACGUGGCUCCAAACGUGACGCAUAGCUGCUGGUGUGUGGAUGAGAAGUACUGCAAGUGGGCUCCCGUGUACGACCAGUACAUCUACCCAAUCCUGAACUGACUUUGAACCGUAAUGAUAGCUUGUGUUUCCCGUAAGUUAGUUCAGCAACGGAUAAUACAAGUCUGAAUCUACCUGUGCAGAGCUAACAGCAGUCUUGCGCCGGCUUCUAGCUACUAGCGUGACUGCAACAGCGAGCACACCGCCACUCAGCAGC